ACAGAAAUAGGAAUUAGGUAAAAAGAAUAAGGGCGACCAUGGCGGCUGACAGAGAAGCAUCCAACGAUCAGACCAGUAGCAGGAUUAGGGUUUUAAGCUCUCACUUGCACUCUCCUCCUCCACCUCCUCGAAUGGCUUCUUCCGAGAAGGAUGCUGCGCUCGCCGCAACCCCAUCUGACGCGCCCACCAUCUUCGAUAAAAUUAUACGCAAGGAAAUUCCUUCCACGGUGGUUUAUGAGGAUGAAAAGGUUCUGGCCUUCAGAGAUAUAUCUCCCCAAGCUCCAACACAUAUCAUAAUCAUCCCCAAGGUUAAAGAUGGAUUGACUGGGUUAUCCAAGGCCGAGGAACGGCACAUUGAGAUACUUGGUUACCUGCUUUAUGUUGCCAAACUUGUGGCCAAGCAGGAAGGGCUUGAUGAUGGCUUUAGGAUUGUAAUCAAUGAUGGACCCAAAGGAUGUCAAUCCGUGUAUCAUCUUCAUAUCCAUCUUCUUGGGGGACGGCAGAUGAACUGGCCUCCUGGCUAAUUAACCAGUGUUUUCCGGUGCUCAUUGCUGUCUGUUGCAUGGUGUGGUUGAAUAAGUCUGUCAAGAAUUAGCUUUGCAAUCUCUACGGAGAUGACAUCAAACAACUAUCAACAUAUUUGCAUCUGAUGUGUGUCGGAGCUUGAAACUACGUUUUGGUUUUUCUACAUGAGCACUUGCACGCUUGAUUUUUCCUUUAGGAUGUUAUGUUCUAUUCAACCAUUAUACAUAUCGUGUUGCAAUUUAUUUCCGGUCA